AUCAAAGACAACACGUCGAAGAGAUUGGGCGGCGAGAUUCAGUUUGAAUCGGAUUUUGCAGCCGUGGAAAGUCGGUUAUUGGACGACAGCCAUUGGGAAUAUCAGACGUACCAAGAACAGCUGGAGCUUUCCGAUGCACACCUGGACAAUCUUUUGUCUUCGACGACCAAUACCCUCGCCCUGCUGUCGACCUUGUCCGAUUCGUUCAAAGCUGUGGAGGAGCAGACUGAGGCUUUCCGGCGGCAGUGCGAAUCUUUGAUCGUGGAACAAAAGCGGUUGACAUCGCUGGCCGAUGCCAUUGACGAAAAUGCCCAAUACUAUGCCUAUCUCGAACCUAUGACCAGGCGUCUAAAUGCUCCUGGAGCUGCCAAUCUUGUCAAGGGACAGGAUUUCUCCGAAAUGCUCUCCAACCUGGACAGCUGUCUGGAAUACAUGGAGUCUCAUCCAAAUCACAAGGAAUCAGCUAUGUACAGGAGUCGAUACCGCUUGUUGCUUACACGUGGUCUGACUUUGAUCCGGCAUCACUUCACCAAAUCGCUGGGAGAGAUUGGUGCCGACAUCAGCAAGCGAAUACAAAGUGGGCAGCUGAAAGAAACAACGCACUCCGCCCUGUUAUAUGCCAAGUUUCGAGUGCCAGCUCCCGAGAUGAAAGCCCUCGGAGUGGAAAUACAAAAACGUGCUGUCCCAACUCCGGACGAUGUUGAUGCGGGACGCGAGCCAGAAUAUCUCUCUCUCCUGCGUGAACUCUACCAAUCAUACUCGACAACACGUGGACGGCUUGUACUACCGCUGGUAGCAAAGAAAAUGGCAGAGCUGGCAGAAACACCACAGCAGUCUGACGUUGUAGCCUUUGCCAAGUCCGCACUUAGUUUUGUGCGUGGAAUUACUUUGGAUGAGUACGAUCUGUGGUUCGAGUGGUUCGAGACGGAAGGCGCGUUGUACGAGUUUCUGGAAAGCCUACUGGAGCCGAUGUACGACUAUCUCCGCCCAAGGACCAUCCACGAGACCAAGAUGGAGAAGCUGUGUGAUCUGUGCGCCAUGAUUCAAGGCCGCUACAUGGAUGUAGAAUCGGACGACGACGAUGCGGAGAGCUCUGCUGCGAACUCAUCCUACAAUUCUCGGCAUCCUCAACGGCGACUGGAUUUCGCCAGCCUGGUCCACCCUGCUCUGGAAGAUGCGCAGACUCGCCUUGUCUUCCUGACAGUAAACGUGCUGAGGGACAGCAUCGAGAAUUUCAAGCCCAAGCCGGAAGAUCUCGAGGUGAAUCCGCGUGCACCACCAGCAGCAAUGAACGGCAACAAAAAUGGCCCUGUCCUCUCCGGCAAACGAGCGCCAUCUGUCCCUAGCACACCCGCUCCGAAGAAUCUCGUAGUAGUGGACGAAGACACCGACGAUGCAGAAAGCAUAUUCAGCAAACGCUUCCCGACUGAACCCACCACCUCACCCUCAACCCGACAAUGGUACCCACCCCUCCGCAAAGCAAUCUGGCUCCUCCGCCGCAUCUACCGCCUAGUAAACAGCACCGUCUUCGACGACCUCGCCCACCGCAUCGUACACUCCACCAUCGCCGCUCUCAUCCACGCAAGCCAACAAAUCACCUCCAAGAAGACCGCACAAGACGGUCACCUCUUCCUCAUCACGCACCUGCUACACCUCAAACAAAGCAUCGUCGCCUUCGACAUCGAGUUCAUCCCUCCAGAAGUCCAAUUCGACUUCUCGUCGUACACCAACACAUUCUACGAACUCCGCGAACGCGGCAGUCUCUGGAAUCCCGCGUCCUGGAUGCGUCUCGUUGGCGGCGCCGUAGGUGGCGGUCUACUGCCCAAAGUCGUGGAGAAUAUGCUCGACGCCAAAGCGGAGCUCGACGGUCGUCUUCGAACCGUGAUCAACGACUUCGUCAACGGCUACGCGACGCACAUCACCGCUCCCGUCGACCCAGCCUCCAUAACCCAGCAAAAGGGCGAGUUUGACCCACAAAAAGCCGUGCGUACCAUCCGCGGCUUAGCGGAGAAGGACGUUCCUCUUCUGCGCGCGAAGCUGGAGGCUUUCGUGGACGAUGCGCGGACGAGGGAGACACUUGUCGCGGCGGUGAGGGAUCAGGUGUUGAUCACGUACGAGGAGUUCUUCGACUCGUAUAGUGAGGGUUCGGGGAAGAAAUUGAGUCGGAAGGGCAAAGGGAGGGAGGAUGAGUUGUGGGGACCGGAUUUGUUCAAUGAUGCUUUGGAGAGGGUGUUCCAGGUGGGUCAGAUUAUGGGGGAUGAUGAUGGGGGAAGUGUGAGGAGUGAGUAG